AUGGCCGACGGACCUUCCAAGGAUGAGCUCGUCGAGAUCUUCAAGUCGCUCAAGACAACACAAAAGGGCAACAAGGUAUGCUUCGAUUGUGGAGCCAAGAACCCAACUUGGGCAUCAGCCACCUACGCCAUCUACAUUUGCCUCGACUGCUCCUCCGUUCACCGUAAUAUGGGCGUACACAUCACUUUUGUUCGUUCCACCAACCUUGACUCGUGGCACUGGUCUCAGCUGCGGCUGAUGAAGGUCGGAGGGAACGCUGCUGCUGCCGAGUUUUUCAACAAGAAAGGCGGCGCUCAUCUCCUCGCCCCUUCCACCGAGGGUAAAGUGAAAUACACCUCUUCCGUUGCUCAGGCAUACAAGGAUGAGCUCCAGAAGAGAGCGCUUCUGGAUGCUGCGGGUCAGAGUCUCAACAGCCCCGUCUACUUCCCGGGUCUUGCUGUUGCUUCCACCGAGACGGCGACGCCAUCAUCCAGCACAAAGGCAGGCGGUGACGACGACGACUUUUUCGACUCGUGGGAUAAGCCCGCAUCGGCCGCCAAGCCAGCCGCAUCAACAACAGCCAAACCAGCACCUGCACCCGUAUCGACUCGUGCACCUGCUGCUGCUGCUGCUGCACCCAAGACCGUCACAUCCGCCUCUCUGCGCGCCAGCAGUUCCGCCGCUCGAAAGACGCUUGGUGCUGUCAGCCGUACCUCUUCGGCCAGCUCAACGCCGGGCACUACUACACCCACGGGCACAGGUCCCACUACUACCGCCAGUGCUUUGGGCGCACCUUCCGCGCGACCUGCCCGAGCAGGAAAGCUCGGUCUGGGCGUGAAAAAGGCUGCAGCACCGAUCGACUUUGCUGCAGCCGAGAGGAAGGCUAAGGAAGAGGAGGCUGCACGUGCAGCAGAGGCUAAAGCGGAACAGAAGGCUGAAGAGACUGCACGCGAAGCGCAAAAAGCUAGCGCGGAACAGGCAGAAGCGGAACGCAUUGCGCGAGAGGCUGUCAAGGCAGCCGUGGGCAAGACUUCAGCAGCUACUCCUGCUUCUGCUUCAUCCAAUGCCAAUGUCAGAGGCGCUGCUGGCUCGGUUCCCGAUGCGUUCGCCGCUGCCAAGGCCAACGGAGACAUGGAUCGGCUCGGAAUGGGUUUCGGCCGUCUCGGUAUGAAAGCCAAUGCACACCAAGCCAAGCUCGCCGCGGAACGUGCUGCUGCCGCAGCCAACAACGCUGCAGCUGGAAGCGACUUGGAUGCAGGCGGUGAUGAACCCAGCUAUGCACGCAACCAGUUCUCAGGCCAGAAGAGCAUCUCGUCCGACCAAUACUUCCAACGCGGAUCGUACGAUCCACAAGCCACCUCGGAAGCUCAACAACGUCUGCAGUCGUUCCAAGGUCAAACCUCGAUCUCUUCUAAUCAGUACUUUGGUCGUGAUGAAGACGAAGAAGCUGAACAACAGGCAGUGCAGGGAAGCGGCGAUUUUGCCGACAUCGAAGCUACCGCAAGAGAGUACUAUCAGCGAUUCAUGGCUAACCCCGAUGUUCAGAGCAGUAUCGACAGUUUCCGUGCAGGUGCGCUCAAACUUUCGCAGUACCUCGAGGAUAUGAGCCGCAAUGGCGCUUGA